CCUAAAAAGUUGCUUGCAAAAUGGGAGAAAUCCAUUGCUAUCGGUUCUCAAAGGGAGGAAGCACAUUUGUUUUCGAAAAACAAGCAAAAACAGAGUUUAAAAACAGGGGAAAACAGAGCCCCUUUACACUUCUCUUCACAAGGAGAGUUUACCGGAAGAUUUGAGAUUUUUCUAAAGCAAAGCAAUGAGGCUCUCAACUCUUUCUUCUUUGCUUUUACCGUUCUUUGUUUUCUCUCUUUUGCAGACUUCCACUUUUGCUAUCAAAAAGUCUUAUAUAGUGUACUUAGGAGAACAUACUCACGGUGUAAACCCCACAUCAGUUGACCUUGAUCAUGCCACAAAUUCUCAUUAUGAAUUGCUGGCUUCAUUAGUGGGAAGCAGCAAUGAAAUAGCUAAAGAGAAAAUAUUCUACUCAUAUACUCGAAACAUCAACGGGUUUGCUGCUAUCCUGGAUGACGAAGAAGCAGCAAAGAUUGCAAAACAUCCAAAUGUUGUGUCGGUUUUCUUGAAUAAAGGAAGAAAGUUGCAUACAACACGAUCAUGGGAUUUCCUCAGAUUAGAGAAGGAUGGAGUUAUCCCUUCUGGUUCUCUUUGGAAGAAGUCAAGGUUUGGUGCAGACACAAUUAUCGGAAACCUUGACACAGGUGUUUGGCCCGAAUCGAGGAGCUUUAGCGAUGAGGGAAUGGGACCGAUCCCAUCAAGGUGGCGAGGAUACUGUCAGCAUGACACUGAUGAUGGAGUUCGUUGCAACAGGAAACUGAUCGGAGCAAGGUACUUUAACAAAGGUUAUUCGGCUUUCGUUGGUGGUAAACUCAAUGACACCUUCAAGACUGCACGGGACCACGAGGGCCAUGGUACCCACACCCUAUCAACAGCUGGUGGCAACUUUGUUCCUGAAGCUAGCGUAUUUGGUCAUGGUAAUGGAACUGCAAAAGGAGGAUCGCCACAAGCCCGUGUUGCAGCUUACAAAGUAUGCUGGCCUCCUGUCAAUGGCAACCAGUGUUUUGAUGCAGACAUCAUGGCUGCCUUUGAUGCUGCUAUAAGCGAUGGUGUUGACGUGCUUUCUGUGUCAUUGGGUGGUGAUCCAUCUGAAUUUUUUGAAGAUGGGCUUUCAGUAGGAGCCUUCCAUGCUGUCAAGAAAGGCAUUUCCGUGGUUUCAUCUGCUGGAAACUCUGGACCAAGUCCAGGAACCGUAUCAAAUGUGUCACCCUGGAUGUUUACCAUUGGUGCUAGCACACUUGACAGGGAAUUCUCAAGUUAUGUUGAACUAGGCGACAACAAACACCUCAAGGGAGCAAGCCUGGCUUCUGUAGCCUUGUCAUCUAGGACUUUCUAUCCAUUGAUCAGUGCUGAAAAGGUGAAAGUGGCCAAUACAUCAGCUGCAGAUACUAUCCUCUGUCUACCUGGAACACUUGAUCCCAAAAAGGUAAUGGGAAAGAUUAUAGUCUGUCUUAGAGGAAUCAACGCAAGAACAGACAAGGGAAAGCAGGCUCUUCUCGCAGGCGCGGUUGGAAUGAUUCUCGCAAAUGAUAAGAACAGUGGAAAUGAAGUUCUAGCAGAUCCUCACUUGCUCCCAGCCACACACAUAAAUUUCACUGACGGUGCUACUGUUUUUGCAUACAUCAACUCAGCAAAGAACCCCACAGCAUAUAUUACUCCCGUCAAGACAGAACUGGGUAUAAAGCCUGCUCCAUUUAUGGCUUCCUUCUCUUCUAGGGGACCCAAUUUGAUUGAGCCAUCAAUCCUCAAGCCUGAUAUAACUGCACCAGGAGUCAGUAUCAUUGCUGCUUUCACAGAAUCAGUUGGGCCAACUGAAGACAAAUCUGACAAGCGUAGGAUACCUUUCACAUCACAGUCUGGAACUUCCAUGUCAUGCCCACAUGUUUCUGGUAUUGUUGGCCUCCUCAAGAGCCUACACCCUGAUUGGAGUCCAGCGGCUGUAAAAUCUGCAAUCAUGACCAGCGCAAAAACAAGAGAUAACACUGCGAAGCCAAUGCUUGAUUCGAGCAACAAGAGAGCAACCCCAUUUGCUUAUGGUGCAGGACAUGUGAGACCAAACCGUGCAAUGGAUCCUGGUCUAGUGUAUGACUUAACGGUUGAUGAUUACUUGAACUUCUUGUGUGCCAGAGGCUACAAUCAAAGAAUGAUGAGACUAUUCUCAGACAAGCCACACGCUUGUCCAAAGUCAUACAAUGUUGCAGACUUCAACUACCCUUCCAUCUCAGUUCCUCAGCACAGUGGCUCAACAACCAUUAGUAGGAAGGUUAAGAAUGUUGGUCCACCGGGGACAUAUAAAGCGCAUGUCAGAUCACCGGCUGGAGUUACAGUUUCAGUUAAUCCUUCAUCAUUGACAUUUAAGAAGAGUGGCGAAGAGAAGAAAUUUGAAGUGACAUUUAAGUCAAAGAGUAAUGUACAGCCUGCAGGCUAUGCCUUUGGGCACUUGACUUGGUCUGAUGGCCAUCACCAUGUUAGGAGUCCUCUCGUGGUGGAGCACAAGUAGAUUUUUUCAUUUUGGGGUGAAGUGGGUCAAUUGGGGUUUGAAUUGAUCAUUAUUCUCAUUCCAUUCUUUGGGAAAAAUUAUUACUAGACAAGGAAAAUGCCAUUUGUUAAGAGAUUUCCAGUAGCAAAUAAGAAAUUAAAUAGAAGGAUUACUCAUAUUUGUGGUUAAAGUUUUUCUUUUU